AUGGCAAGUGUGAUUGUUGCGGAGGGUAAACAUGAUCAGCAUCAAGUUGAGAAAAUGGCAAUGGUGAUUGUUGUGGGUGGUAGACACUUUGAGCAGUGCGUUGAGGAAAUUGGAUGUGAGAUUGUUGUGGAGGAUAUACACCUUGGACAUUAUGUUGAGGAAAUGGCAUAUGUGACUGUUGUUGUGCAUGUAUACCUUAAUUGUGCAUUACUAUAA